AUGAGUCCGGAAUAUCACGAGAUUGAAUACUGUGUUGUUAAGAACCCACAUGAAGACACCAGUCCUUUAAAGUCUAAUGAGGAGUUUCUGUAUAUAAAACAUAGUUUGCAUCAUAGAUCCAAUGGUAUUGCAGCAAUCCUAUCGAAACCGAAGUCGCUUCAGUUUUCAACUCUUGGAGAACAAGUGAAGAAUCAGGGUACUUACUUAUUGCCGAUGCAUAAGCUAGUUUUGUUAUUACACGGACAUCAAUCCCACAAAAACUCGAACUACCAAGGAGCUCUUGCUGAUAAGCUUUCGGAGAAUGGUUAUUAUGUUAUGAGGAUUGAUUUUCGUGGCUUGGGUGAUUCGGAGGAGAGUGCAGAUCCGGAGCUAGGUCGUACUGUAGAGCAAGAUGUUAACGAUGUGCAUUCGGUCUUCCAGUUUACGACCAGUGAUGCUUGCAAACAAUUAAUUGGGUACAAACUUACGUUGGAUACAAUUGUAGCGCACUCUCGUGGAGUUGUGGCGAUGUUUCAAUUCGCAAGACGCUAUCAUGUACCCAAUUUGGUAAAUUGUUGUGGGAGAUACGACUCCAGUGGCUUACUUAUCAGAACUGCCAAGCAGAAUCCAGGUUGGGACCAAGACAAAGGGUACUACUGUAGGGCACUAAGAAAGGGUUCUUGGCAGAAAUUAUGGAUUCCACAAACGGAGACAAUGAGUGCAGGCACUAUUGACACAUCCAAAUUUGCUCAGAUUGAUAAAAAAUCGUGGGUUAUGUCUGUGUACUGCUCAGCUGAUGCUGUUAUUCCAGCCAGUGCUGCCAGUGACUAUGCAAACUUGUUCCAUGGGAGACACACAUUAGAGAUUAUCCCAUAUGCAGACCAUAACUUUUAUGGCGCUCCUGGGGAUUUAAAUACCCUUGGGUUGCCACUUAAACGUGGGAGAAUUAGUUAUCACACAGUUCUGGUUGAUAAAAUAGCGGCACACUUGGGUAACGUUCAGCAAGCGCAAAGGUUCUAUGAACUUCACCUGGAAAUAGAAGCACCCAAAGAAAUACCCCAUAUAAUUCAACGGUGGCCGUUGCCUUAUAUCUCCUCUGGGAUUUCUAAUUUUCGUGAUAUCGGUGGCUAUCUGACUACCUCUGGGUUUCGAGUCAAGCACGGCCUAAUUUACCGAAGUUCUAAUCCAUCAGGCGCGGCCGCCGCUGUUAUAGAUUACAUGGUUUCGAAUUUGCACAUUGGCAAGGUAUACUACUUAUGUUCCGCCAUAGGCCCCCAAGAUCCCAGGAUAAUCAAUGGCAUUGAUACGGAAACGCUAUACCUAAAAGGAGAACAUAAUAUGCCGCCUGAACAAUCAUUUGACCAUUACCAAUCGUUGUUCAUUUCCCCAUACUUUCACCAUAAAGCAUACAAACACAUUCUCCAAGGCAUUGACGGUAUCCAGUCCUUUUUUAGAAGUUUGAUUAAUCACAAAUUGUGUUGCAGAAACGCCGUCCUGAUAUGUUGCUCCACUGGAAAGGAUACUACUGGUGUCUUGACAAUGCUUAUAUUAGGCAUUCUCGGUGUCGAUCCAGACACCAUCGCACGGGAAUUCGAGCUCUCAACGUUCGGAAUUCCAAAAGAUGACCUUCUUCUCGAACGCAUCCGUUCUUACACCUCGAACUUUUUAGAAUUACUAGGCCCCAAUGGCCCGAUAAUAGCAAAAGAAUUCAACCUGACCCCAUCCUCAACCAUUAUUCACCUUUUAUCUUCACCCUACGAAACUAUGAGACUUUUCAUCGAUAUCUUCCUAGAAGAACACAACUCAUUUGAAAAUUACUUCACAAAGACACUCAAAUUCUCCCCCAAUAAUAUCAAUACACUCAGAAACCAGCUCCUAGAAUAA